AUGGCAUCCUCUCAGAGCUGCCGCACCGGCGUCGCUGGUCUGUUGCGCAACCUUUCGUCGGCGCAUGCUUCCACCUCGGCACACCGUGGUUCGGCAUCGAUACGCUCGCGCUGUCUAUCGACGUCUGCCUCCGCCUCCAACGCCCAGUCGUCCUCUACUUGGUCCGCAUCUUCCCCGUCGCAGCCGUCGUCUUCACCAUCACCAUCCUCCUCCUCCUCGUCUUCGUCAGCACCAGCACCGCGCGCAUCCUCGGCGGCGCCCGCCAAACCGUCCAAGGCCGUCAAGACCAUCCCCGCAUCGUCGCCGCUGCUGGAUAAGCCCAUGCCCAUCGGCUUCCCCUCGAGCACGCUGCGUGGCUUCCCGUCGCUGCUCCACUUUGCCGAUCCGGUGCUGGAUGCGCAUCCGUCCAACGUGAUGCGCAACAAGCCCACCACCUCGAUGCCCUAUCCGUCGAGCGUGACCUUUUUCAACGAGCCGCGCAUGUUUGAGCCCACGCCGCCCUCGGCCGACUCGCUGGUGCUCUCGUCGGGCUCGGACGCGGACGAGGUCAACUCGGAGCAGUACCUCUCCACCGUGACGCCGCUGUCGGUGCGCGAGGUGCGCGACCUGCACCGCCACGCCAUCGUGCUCAAGCGCGUCGUGCACAUGACCACCAAGGGCAAGGACGCCAGCAUGUAUGCGCUCGUCAUCGCCGGCAACGGCAACGGCCUCGUCGGCUACGGCGAGGGCAAGGACACCAACGCCUCCAAGGCCGGACGCAAGGCCUUCCACGAGGCCGUCAAGACGCUCGACAGCGUCGCCGUCCACAAGGGCUCCGACGGCUCGCGCACCAUCGAGACGCAGCUCGAGGCCAAGUGGGGCGCCAGCACGGUCGUCUUGCGUCCGCGUCCCGCCGGCUUUGGCCUGCGCGUCCCGCCCGUCAUCCACGCCAUCUGCCGCUCCGUCGGCAUCACGGACCUCUCGGCUUCCAUCCAGGGCUCCACCAACCCGGUCAACGUGGUUAAGGCGACGCUGCAGAUCCUCUGGGGCGGUGCCGCGCCGCUCGGCAUGGGCGAUGGCAUCGGCGGCCAGAUGCGCCGCAAGGACAAGGGUCGCGGCAUGCGUAGCCGCCUCGACAUUGAGCGCAGCCGUGGCCGUCGCAUCAUCGAGGUCAACGCCGCAAAGUAG